AUGUUGGCCCACAUCUCGCUUCUCUGUGUUCUGAGCGUUGUCGUGACCCCACAGGAUGUCACACAACAAGCCCAAAUGUUUCUGACUGAGUUUAAUGUAAAAGCAGAAGAUAUCAGCUAUGAAAGCUCCCUUGCCUCAUGGAACUACAAUACCAACAUUACUGAAGAGACAGCCAUGAAGAUGAAUGAGGCAGGUGCCAAGUGGUCUGCGUUUUAUGAUGAAGCCUCGAGGAAUGCCAGCAAUUUCCCAUUAGCCAACAUUAAUGAUGAUCUCAUCAGACUGCAGAUUCAAUCUCUCCAGGACAGAGGAUCAUCUGUGCUAUCACCAGAAAAAUAUACCAGGCUGAGCACGGCACUAAAUACAAUGAGUACCAUCUACAGUACUGGGACCGUCUGUAAACUUAGUGAUCCAUUUAACUGUUUGGUGCUGGAACCAGGUCUGGAUGUUAUUAUGGCUGACAGCAUUGAUUAUCAUGAAAGACUGUGGGCUUGGGAAGGCUGGAGAGCUGGUGUUGGCAAGAUGAUGAGACCAUUAUAUGAAGAGUAUGUUGAUCUUAAAAAUGAGGCUGCGAAGCUUAAUGGUUAUUCUGACUAUGGAGAUUACUGGAGAGCAAACUAUGAGGCAGAUUAUCCGGAGAAGUAUAAAUACAGCCGUGACCAGCUGAUUGAAGAUGUGGAGAAGACAUUUGAGCAGAUAAAACCUUUAUAUGAGCAGCUGCAUGCCUACGUAAGGUACAGGCUGGAGCAGGUCUAUGGUCCAGAACUCAUCAGCUCAACAGGAUGCCUCCCUGCUCAUCUGCUCGGUGACAUGUGGGGCAGAUUUUGGACAAAUCUGUAUGCCUUGACUGUUCCCUAUCCAGCCAAACCAAACAUUGAUGUAACUUCUGCAAUGGUUAAAAAUAAAUGGGAUGCGAUGAAAAUAUUCAAAGCUGCUGAGGCCUUCUUCAGCUCCAUUGGACUCUACAAUAUGACCAAGGACUUCUGGAAUAACUCCAUGCUCACAGAGCCGACUGACAACAGGAAGGUGGUUUGUCAUCCUACAGCAUGGGAUAUGGGGAAAAAGGACUACAGAAUCAAGAUGUGCACCAAAGUGACUAUGGAUGACUUCCUGACGGCACAUCAUGAGAUGGGCCACAUCGAAUACUAUAUGGCAUACUCUCCUCUGCCUUACCUGCUGAGAAGCGGGGCAAAUGAGGGGUUCCACGAAGCUGUCGGCGAAAUCAUGUCGCUCUCUGCAGCUACGCCUCAGCAUUUGAAAUCUCUUGGCCUCUUAGAGCCAACUUUCCAAGAGGAUGCAGAAACCGAAAUCAACUUUCUGCUCAAACAAGCACUAACGAUUGUUGGAACGAUGCCUUUUACCUACAUGUUGGAGAAGUGGAGGUGGAUGGUAUUUAAUGGUAAUAUUACAAAGCAGGAAUGGAUGAAGCGGUGGUGGGAGAUGAAGAGAGAAAUAGUUGGUGUGGUCGAACCAGUCCCUCAUGAUGAAACCUAUUGUGACCCUGCAGCACUGUUUCACGUGGCCAACGAUUACUCCUUCAUAAGAUAUUACACCCGGACCAUUUAUCAGUUCCAGUUUCAGGAAGCACUUUGCAAGGCAGCUAAGCAUACUGGCCCUCUUCACACAUGUGACAUUACCAAUUCCACAGCAGCUGGUCAGAAUUUGAGACAAAUGCUUGAAUUAGGCAGAUCCAAGCCCUGGACUCAAGCACUAGAAAGCAUAACAGGAGAAAAGUAUAUGAAUGCAACGCCCUUGCUCCACUACUUCGAGCCUUUAUUUAACUGGCUGCAAAAAAACAAUUCUGGCAGAGCUAUUGGUUGGAAUACAGCCUGGACUCCAUAUUAUGACAACGCCAUCAAAGUACGUAUCAGCCUGAAAGCAGCGCUGGGGGACCAGGCGUAUGACUGGGAUACAAGCGAGCUCUUCUUGUUCAAGUCAUCCAUUGCCUAUGCUAUGAGAAAAUAUUUCUCAGAGGUGAAGCACAAAGAAGUAGACUUCCAGAUUGCAGACAUCCAUGUUGGGGACGAGACACGAAGGAUCUCCUUCUACUUUACUGUCAGCAUGCCAGGUAACAUCAGUGAUGUUGUUCCCAGAGCUGAUGUAGAGAGUGCCAUCAGAAUGUCUCGGGAACGGAUCAGUGAGGCUUUCAAACUGGAUGAUAACACGCUGGAGUUUGUGGGCAUAUUUCCAACCCUGGCCGCACCUUAUGAACCACCAGUCACUGUCUGGUUAAUUGCAUUUGGGGUGAUCAUUAGCAUGGUUGUCAUUGGACUUGUUAUCUUGAUCAUCACUGGACAGAGAAAUCAAAGAAAGAGGGAGAGAGAAAAAGCAAGCAAAGCAGGAUCAAACUUCUCAGUGAACCCUUAUCAUGAAGAGGGAGAAAAUAACUUCGGUUUCGAACCGUCUGAAGAGAUGCAGACAGCGUUUUAGAAGACAUGCACGUGAACUAAGGAUUUUUAAUUUUUUUCAUUUCACUUUUAACAGUGGUGUCUAGCGAGGACCAAAACAAUAAUAGAUGUUAUCAAACAUGAUGGGUUCUGGCAUGCUAUAAAACUACUCAUUCACAGGCAACAGCAGCUUGGUGUCAUUUGCUGUGUAUGUGUUAACUAGAUUAUGUACAAAAAUGCAAGAUAUGCAUGCCCUGUGGCUUUUCUAUGAAUUAUGCAUAUCAUAACACAUACUGCUUGUGCUGCUCUUCCUAAACCUGCUGUAUCCAAUUUCUUUUUCCUCUGUAAUGAGGAACAAAAUCUUGGAAGUAUAAAGUUAUUUUAAGAUCAAGGCAGCCACAACUCACAUACUCCUGAUGCCCAUGAGGAACGUCUUGAUCUUUCUGGACGGAGAGCUUAAAACUGUAUCUAACAGAAAAAAAACUGACCACCAGAAGAACCUUUGUGGUGAAGAAAUCACGUUCAUAUGAAGUAACUGCAAUUUUUGCACUUUCAGAGAAUCUGAAUCAAUUCAAAAUGGGUCCUGAAUGAAGACAAAUAAGCACUUGAACUUUGUUAGAAAUGCAUAAUAUAAGUUAUUUUUCCAACUGGUUGCUUGAUAAGUUUGUAGAGACCAAAUAGCACAUUCCUCCUCCAA